CCAAUUGACAUUAAGUUAAAAUAGAACCCCACGUACUCCAAGCCUUAGAAAACUAUCGAAUCCUAUCUCAAUCAAAACCGGGUCUGGCUCAAAAUUUCAAAUUGGGUUUGGCCAGAUUUUCUACAAGGAGCUAUGUAUGGAGAGUAUUGGAGAUUUUGAAGGAAACUAUUUUGGUUGAUACUUGGAGACGAAAAUCUCUGAGGCUUUUGCUGCUGAGAUUCACAAAGGUUAUUUCCUACAAAUUCAAGGUUAUUCUUAAUGGAUAAGAGUUGGAUAAACAUAUUGAAUAGGAAUGAUCCUCUAUAUGAGAAUGGAGCCAAAAAGUUUCUUCAUUUUGCCUCAUUAGAUAGGCCUAAUGCAUCUGAAAUCUUGUGUCCAUGUCAGAAGUGUCGUAAUAUGAAAUUUAUCCCGAAAGAGUUGAUUGUUGAACAUAUUGUGGUUGAUGGAUUUCUAUCUAGUUACGUUAAUUGGAUUUUUCAUGGUGAGACAUCAUCUUCAUCAAUGUCCGUAGAUAGAUCAGAUAUAGGUGAUGAAAUAAAAAGUUUGGUGCAUGAUGCUUUUGGAGUUCCUCCUACUAGUGACUUUAUUAAUAUGUACACUCGUGGUGAUAGCUUUGGUGGGUCAAAUCAACAUAAUGUGGGAUUUGAUAAGAAAACUGAAAAGUUUUUUAACUUAUUGAAAGAAGCUGAGCAUGAAUUAUAUCCUGGAAGCAGAUAUUCACUUCUUUCUUUUCUUGUUCGUCUAUUACAUUUAAAGUGUCUCAAUGGGUGGAGGAACAAUUCAUUUUCCAUGUUGUUAGAGUUGUUAAAAGAUGUGUUUCCUGAAGGUGAAAUAUUACCUAAGUCCUUUAAUGAUGCAAAAAAAAUUAUUAAAGAUUUAGGACUCGAGUACAAAAAAAAACAUGCGUGUCCAAAUGAUUGUAUGAUCUAUUGGAGUGAGACAAAAGAUCGAACUGAUUGUAAGUUUUGCAAAGCUCCAAGAUACAAACAAUUUGUAGGUGAAUCUGGUAGUUUGGAAACCUCAAAAAUUCCGGCAAAGGUGUUUAGAUACUUCCCAUUGAUACCGAGGCUUCAAAGAUUAUUCAUGUCAUCUAAAACAUCUACUGAUAUGAGAUGACAUGCGGAAGGUCGCACUAAAGACGGGGUAAUGCGGCAUCCUGCUGAUAGUAUUGCUUGGAGAAAAUUUGAUGAAUCGCAUCAAGAUUUUUCUCAAGAUCCUCGAAAUGUUAGACUUGGAUUGGCUUCAGAUGGAUUUAAUCCAUUCAAGUCUAUGUCUAUCUCACAUAGCACAUGGCCAGUUAUCUUGGUUCCAUAUAACUUGCCACCUUGGUUGUGCAUGAAACAACCAUACAUGAUAUUAUCAAUAAUUAUUGAUGGCCCUCGUGCACCAGGCAAUGAUAUUGAUAUUUAUCUACGACCGUUAAUUGAUGAGUUAAAAGAAUUGUGGGUUGGCGUUGACACUUAUGAUGCGUCAAAGAAUCAUAUGUUUCAAAUGCGUGCUUCAUUGCUUUGGACAGUCAGUGAUUUUCCAGCACUAGGUAACUUAUCAGGAUAUGGUGUGAAAACUAGAUAUGCUUGUCCAUGUUGUCUGACCAAGACUAAAUUUGUGAUAUUGAAAUAUGGGCGAAAAUAUUGUUUCAUGUUGCACCAGCGUUGGUUACCCGAUGGGCACAAGUUUCGAAAAGAUAAAAUUUCGUUUGAUGGUUUUAAGGAGUUAGAGGGAGCACCUAAAUGUUUGUCAGGUAUUGAAGUUCUUAAGCAAUUAAAAGGUAUUAAAAAUAAAUUCGGAAAACAUCUAUUGGCAAUGUCCAAGAAAAGAAAAUGGAAGAAUUCUGAUCAUGUUGACGAUGCCAUGUUGCAAUAUUUAUGGAAGAAAAACAGCAUAUUUUUUGAGUUAGACUACUGGAAAGACAAUAUGAUUCGUCAUAAUCUUGACACAAUACAUAUCGAAAAGAAUGUAUUUGACAAUAUAUUCUGGACAUUACUAAAUGUUGACGGAAAAGGAAAAGAUAAUCUGAAUUCUCGUUUGGAUUUACAAGAGAUGGGGAUUCGAAAGGCUUUGCACCCUAAAAAAAAAGCUAAUGGCAAAUACUAUCUACCUCCGGCAUGUUUCACUUUGAGCAAUGCACAAAAAGAUAUUCUCUUACAAGUUUUAAGAGAUGUGAAAGUACCAGAUGGAUAUGCUUCAAAUAUAUCACGUUGUGUUGAUCUUAAGCAACGCACUGUGCAUGGAUUGAAGAGUCAUGUCUGCCAUAUUUUAAUGCAACAACUCCUUCCUACUGCUUUGCGAGGUCUCCUUCCAAUGAAUGUCCUUAGGCCAAUGAUUGAAUUAAGUAAUUUUUUUAGGGGCAUUUGUUCAACAGUUAUGAACAUAGGUGAAUUAGAAAAGCUCCAAGAUCGAGUUGCAAUAACUCUUUGUCAUUUGGAAAGAAUAUUUCCUCCAUCCUUUUUUGAUAUCAUGGUACAUCUAGUCAUCCAUUUAGCUGAAGAAGCAAAGAUUGGCGGACCUCCACAAUACCGUUCAAUGUGGGCAUUUGAAAGGUACUUGCUUACUCUUAAAAAUUAUGCGAGGAGUAGAAGCCAUCCAGAAGGUUCAAUUGCAGAGGGAUAUUGGAUAGAAGAGUGCAUGACAUUCUGCUCAAGAUAUUUACAUGAUGUGGAGACAAAGUUAAAUCGACCUUUAAGAAAUUAUGGUUUGUAUAAUGAGAUUCCAAAUCAAGAGGGUCGUCAGUCAACUAAAAUUGAUGGGUUUACGCUUGAUGAUAUUACUCAUGCCCAAGCACACAGAUAUAUUUUAUUUAAUUCUGCUACCAUAACGCCAUACCGCGAUGAGCAUAUAAAAGAAAUCAAGAAGCAAAAUCUUCGUCUAUCGAGACAUGAUGUGGAUAAGAUUCACAAUGAAAAAUUUCACAUAUGGUUUAGAAAACAUGUUGAGAAGAUACAUAUGGCAGGUGAACAAAUACCAGAAGAAAUUCAAAAUCUAGCGAUUGGCCCAUCAAAGCAAGCAAAAAGAAUGAACAGAUAUAUAAGUAAUGGAGUUAGAUACUUAACAAAGUCUCGUGAUGCAAAGCUAAAAACACAAAAUAGUGGAGUUAUGGUAAAGGCUGCCACUCAGAGCUAUGCAAGCGCAAGAGACAGAAAUCCCAUAUUGAGUUGUAUUAUACCGCAAACCUCAAGUUUAUACUAUUUAGAUGCGAAUGGGUGGACAACAACAAGGGGCUUAUUGUGAAAGAUGAUUAUGGAUUUACUCUUGUUAAUUUUUCUUAGCUACUCUACAAAAGGCAGCACCUGUCAAAUGAACCUUUCAUCUUUGCUUCUCAAGCUCAACAGGUGUUUUAUGUCCAUCAUCCAAUGGCAAAAGAAUGGCGGAUUGUAGUUGAAAUUAAACCAAGAGGUUUUAUUAUUUAGGUGAAAAUAAACCAGCAAAUGAGCAAAUGGAAGAGCACAUGGAAUUGUGGCCCGAACAACAGCUGGAUGAUACUAUAUUUGAAAAUGAAGAGGAUAUUAAAUGGGUUAGAGAGGGUGUGCCGGGAAUAGAAAUUGACCCACUUACUUUGGAAAGUAAUGAAACAUAUGAUGAAGAAGACGACAUAUCUUAGUUACUCUUAUUUUUUUUGUCACUAUUUUAGUAAAGAUUGUUAUUAAACAUAGAUCAUCGAGUUGGGGAUUUCUUAUUGUGCUUUUUAGUUGUUUAAAUCUCAUAUGCGUAUGUGUCCUUUUGUUUGGCUUGCUAGUUUGAUAUUAAUUUAUACGUCUGGACAGUAGAAAAUAUUUUUCAAUUUUGCAGGAACAUAGUUUUUGAGCAACUUUGUUGUGAUGGCAAGAAAAAGAUAGAGAAAUUCUAGUCAAGAAAUGCUUUUGCCUGAUUUUCCGGAGCAACAAGAAGAACAAAUGGGAGGUGCGGCGAUGCCUCAACCACCUCAAAACUGGCCACAAAAUGAAAGACAAGCUAUCCGAUCUGGAAAAUCAAGAAAUAAUUCACAUGAAGCAGAAAAUUCUCAAGACUCUAGUGCUAAUGAAGAGCAAUCUAAGUGACCUAGGGGUCCUACUAUGAUGCACUCAGGAUGGGGAAAAGAUGGUGGCAUUUUACAUGUUGAGUUGAAUAAUCUUAGUCAAUCUAUUGGACCUGAUGCAGCUAGAUUGAGCUCAAAACUUGGAGUUAUAACACGAAAUGACAUUUUAGCUCCUUUAAAUCAUAAAGAUUGGAGGCUUGUGCCUAAACCGUACAAGGAUAUGAUAUGGGCUCAUAUUAAGGAAAAUACUGAUGCAACUGAGGAUAUGAGACGUAUGUUGAUGAUAUCGGUUGGAUCUAAAUGGAAAGAAUGGAAGCAUGAAGCAAAAAUGAUUGGUUAUGAGCCAUACAACAACGAUAUCGAGCGCUUAGCUAAACAUCCAGACAGGGUAGAAGAAGACCAGUGGCGUGCAUUAGUUCAUUAUUGGAGCUCUAACGAAGCAAAGAUGACAAAGAAGAAUGGUGUAAAACCAAGUCGUAUCGAUGUAUUCAAAGAAACACAUACGAGAAAGAAUAAACAACCAGUAAAUGAGAUAGCUGAUGAAACUAUG